CAGCAGCAGUUCUGUCAGGCAGCUUGUGAGGAGAAUGGGAUAUUGAGAGUCGGGUAAAGGGUGGCUGAGCUGUUUUUCCCCUGCAGAGUCGGCAGUGAAACACCAAUCAGACCUCAAUCAAUCAAAGCUUUAAAACAGAAAUAUCAAUAGCUGUACGCAAAGCUGUACAUUGCACAAAGCCAGCACUACUUCACAAUAGAAGUCACAGAGGGAAAUAAUGACAUGCAUUGUGUGGUCUUUUCUUCUUCUUUACAGUACAAACUCUUCUAGCUUUCAUCCUCACCUCUGUUUUUACCAGUGCUGUGCUCGCUCCCUCUCUCACUCUAUAUAAAGUCGCUUUGAUUGAGUAUCUUUUUCUCUCGUGCACUCAGCAACAGCCCCACACACACACACGCUCGUGCUCACACUCUCCUCGCACACACGGCUGCCUCCUGAACUCAUGAAAACACGACCAUGCAGUGCCUUGGAGUCUUUUGAUCCUUCAUUUUGAGUGUCCCCUCCUCCUUCAGAGUGUGAGGUGGACGGGCUCCCCGGUGGUUACGGGUCCAGGGACACCAUCCUCACACCUGCUGUUAAGAAGGACUGGAAGAGACGCAGGCGUCAGCACCUGAAACGUAUCGACAGCUGCAGCAGCUGGGAUCCAGGCCACACUGAGGCUGGCAGAGGGAAACCGCAGCCUGCAUUCGAACUGAGCGGACGAGUAGCCAUGCGGUGCUCCACCCUGCUCGUUAUCUUCACCGGGGUGAUGCUGUACUUGGUGCUGGGCGCCGUGGUGUUCCGCACCCUGGAGACUGAGCGAGAAGAGGGCAUCCACGUUCAGCUGCAGCACACACGCCGGGAGUUCUUGUCGGACUUCAGCUGCGUGGAGCCAGACAACCUUCGGUCUCUCAUAGAGGAGGUGGUCGAUGCCAUCGGUGCAGGUGUGGAUCCUAUCAACAACACCACCUUUGUCAGCCAAUGGGAUCUAGCCAGUGCCUUUUUUUUCUCAGGGACAAUCAUCACAACCAUUGGUUUUGGAAACAUCUCCCCAAAGACAGAAGGAGGCCAGCUGUUUUGUAUUUUCUAUGCCCUGGUGGGAAUCCCAUUGUUUGGUAUCCUGCUCGCUGGUGUCGGAGACCAUCUGGGUACUGGGCUGAGGAAAGCCGUUGCCAAAAUAGAGACUCUCUUCCUGAAAUGGCGUGUCAGUCCUACUAUUGUGCGAGUGAUCUCCGCCGUCCUGUCCAUCCUGCUGGGUUGUCUGCUCUUUGUUGCAGUGCCCAUCCUAGUUUUCCAAGAAGUGGAGCAAUGGAGUCUUCUGGAGUCGGCCUACUUUGUAGUCAUCACCCUAACAACAGUGGGGUUUGGAGACUAUGUUGCAGGAGAUUCUGGCCUAGCAGGGAGCGACCACUGGUACAAGCCUCUGGUGUGGUUCUGGAUCCUGCUGGGUCUUGCCUACUUUGCAUCUAUCCUGACUAUGAUUGGUAACUGGCUGCGGGUUCUCUCUAAGAAGACCAGAGCUGAGAUGGAAGAACUACGAGCCCAUGCCACUGACUGGACCCAGAACAUCCAGAACAUGUCAGUGGAUUUUCGCAUUCCAGGAAAAAUCGAUGACCCCUUCAAACGCCGCAGGAGAAAGCGCCGCCAUGGCUCCCGCAGUCAUGGUCACAGUGUAUCAGCCACAGGGGCUCCUGAUGGGAGAGAAGUGCAACAUGAGAAUGAAACAGAAUCCGGAUCGUACUCCUCUUCCUCCUCUUCUGCCUCCUCCAACGAAUCAGGAUCUGGAACAGAGACGGACUCUCAGGUCACUCAGACAGAACGAGUGCCUGAAGAAAAACCAGAAGAGAGCGUAAAGGAGGAAAUUGCUCCUAAUCCCCACCUGUCUCAGCCUCUGGACUACUUUGGGGAGAACCUUGCGUUUAUUGAUGAGUCAUCAGAUGCUCUGAGUGGUAAACUACAUUUGGACCCACUGCUGGAUUCAUCGCAAACCAACUCUGCUCGCUCCCGUCAGCCAAAGAGGAGACGCCACAGGCGGCCUGUUCCACAGAGAAGCUCCAAAAACAACAGCUCCGACCCUGACAAAAAGGAGCCCAAUGGAAACACCACACCCGUUCCAGAUCUACCCCUGAACCUUAAGGUUUGAGCGAGGAGCUGAAAGCCCUCUGCUGCAACAAGAUUCAACGUGAGAGAAGUUUUGGAAAAACCUGACCCAGGAGUCCUCAGCCUUGCAAUUUAUUUGUGUAUAUGUACUGCUUACUUACAGACACUUAAGAUGAAAACCUAUUGCAGAUGCCUUAGCCACUUGUGGUUUGCAUUUAAUGCCCUUUAGCAUGUGAGUGUGUAUGCCUUAAUCAAAGAUGAUGAUAAGUGUUUUUAUAUGCCAAUGUUCCCUUCACUUCACGAGGAGCUACUGCUCUCUACUGGGCCAAGAGAGAAGUGCACCUCCAUUCUCUCCACAUGAGGGCUCCCUGCUUUUUACUAAUACACAUCAGAGCAAGAGGAAACAGAGAUGAACGAAAACCCGUUUGGCCAGAAACGUAGCACAGUAAUGUUGCUGUUAGUUGGAGACUGUUACACUCUACUCCUGCCAACAAUCACACGGGUAUUAAACAGGCUCUUACAUGUUGUUGGUUUGCAACAUAACUUUUCUAAAUGCCUUGUAAACAACCAUAACAUUUGCAUUUUGAUGGCCAAAUGCAUUAAUCACACUGUAACUGCAAACGUGUAAUAAAUAUUUUGAAGUAAACACA